UGGAAUAUCAGGUCGAGUGAUUCAACAAUGUGCUGACCCGCCUCUCCUGUCCUCUCCUAUUUUCGUGUCUUGUAUGCAAAAAAGAAAAAGAAAAAAGUAAGACAUUUAAUUGAAGAGAGCAACAAACCCGAGGUGUUACCGUCCCGUGACCUUCCAGAGUCCAGGAUGAACGCGGCAGAGCAGACGGUAACGUGGCUCAUUACGCUCGGGGUCCUGGAGUCUCCCAAGAAAAGCAUCUCGGAUCCGGACGCUUUCCUCCAGACGUCUCUGCAGGACGGGGUCGUUCUGUGCAGGCUGCUGGAGCGACUCAGACCAGGGACGACAGACAAAUUUUUCCUGGAACCGAGGACCGACGGUGAACGUCAACGGAACGUUAGCGAGUUCAUCAAAGGCUGUGGAGCGUUCGCCGUGGAGCCUUUUGAGGUCAAUGACCUCUUCCAGGGUCUCAACUUCCCCAAGGUCCUUAACUCCCUUGUUGCACUGAACAAAGCCACUGAAGAGUCAGGUGGCGCUGUGUGUGUGCCACACUCGGCCACGUUGAGGAUUAAAUCUUUCGAUUCUCUGAACAGUCAAAGUCGCUCGUCUAAAUUGCCGCCGCAUCAGUACCACAGCCUUGACAUGUCGGAGGGGAGUGGGACUGGCAAUUUUCUGGUCAAAGCACGUUUUGCCUUCCAUCAGACAAAUGAGGACGAACUGUCUUUCUCGAAGGGCGAUAUUAUUAGUGUGAGCAGGCAGGAGGAGGGGGGCUGGUGGGAAGGUUCUCUCAAUGGCAAGAGUGGCUGGUUCCCCAGUAACUAUGUGCGGGAGCUGAAAGGAAAUGACAAACCAGCUGACAAACCGAAGUCUGGGACGCUGAGAAGUCCCCCAAAAGGUUUUGACACAUCUAUCAUCAGUAAAACCUACUACAAUGUGGUGCUACAGAACAUCCUUGAAGCAGAGAGCGAAUACUCAAGGGAGCUACAAAGUCUUCUGGUGUCGUACCUGCGCGCCCUCCAACCCACUGACAGGCUGAGCAGCGUCGACAUCAGCCACGUUCAAGGAAAUCUAGAGGAGAUCUCGACCUUCCAGCAGAUGUUGGUUCAGUCCUUGGAGGAGCAUACAAAGCUUCCAGAAUGCCAGCAGAGGAUAGGGAGCUUCUUCCUGAGUCUCAUGCCCCAGAUGAAGACUCUCUAUGUGGCCUACUGUGCAAACCAUCCAUCUGCUGUCAGUGUGCUGACUCAGCAAAGCGAGGAACUGGGCGAGUACAUGGAGUCCAAGGGGGCAUCCAGUCCGGGGAUUUUGACGCUCACCACCAGUUUGAGUAAACCCUUCACUCGACUGGAGAAGUACCCAACGCUUCUCAAGGAAUUGGACAGACACAUGGAGGACCAGCACCCAGACCGAGGGGACCUCCAAGCUUCUAUGACGUCAUUUCAAAGCCUUGCAGCUCUGUGCCAAGAGAUGAGGAAGAAGAAGGAUCUGGAGCUACAGAUUUUAACCGAGCCAAUCAGGAACUGGGAAGGCGACGACAUCAGGACCCUCGGCCCUGUUCUUCACAUGUCCCAGGCUGCCGUCUGCUCUCAAAACUGCCAGGAGUCAAGCGAACGUUACCUGGUGCUCUUCCCUCACACUCUGCUCUUCCUCUCUGCAAGUCUAAGGAUGAGUGGAUUCAUUUACCAGGGGAAGAUGCCUCUGUCAGGCAUGCUGAUCUCCAGGAUAGAAGAUGGGGAAAACCUGAGGAACGCUUUUGAAAUUUCUGGUUCCCAGUGUGAGCGGAUGCAGGUGGCGUGCAGCAAUCAGCAAGAUCUCCUGGAAUGGCUGGACCUUCUCACCAAACACACGCACACUCCCGCCGCACACGCACACAAGACUCAGUCUGUGUGUCAAGCAUUGCCCUCCCUGCCCGCCACCCCUUCCAGACACUCCGAGUCUCGUGGCGUGAGCAGCGGACACACUUACCACACCCUCCCCCAUCCUGCCUCAUACGGCGGCAGCCCCAUGUGCGGCACACUGGAGCCACCCAGUACCCCAAAACCCUGGAGCAUGAGCUGCCUUCGGCCUGCGCCUCCUCUCCGACCGUCUGCUGCCCUCUGCAACAAGGAGGAUAUGAACAAGAGUCCAAAGAGUAUGAAGAAGCUGCUCCCCAAGAGGAAGCCUGAGAGGAAACCCUCUGAAGAGGACUUCACUGUCAGAAAGAGCACGGCGGCACUCGAGGAGGACGCUCAGAUACUGAAAGUGAUCGAGGCGUACUGUACGAGUGCAAAGACGCGACAGACUCUCAACUCCACCUGGCAAGGGACCGACCUCAUGCACAACCAUGUGCUCGCUGACUCCGGCCUCCUGGUUACUGGCAUCAACCUGCCGUGCUCCGACCAGUCAGAAGACUCGGAUUAUGAGAGUAUCUGGACCGCCACUAGUUACAGGACCGCCUCGUUUUCUCGCUCCAGCAGGAGGGAUGUCCACAUGUUGUUCCCUGAGGAGGAGAAGAUCAUAGUGGAGGAAACUCGGAGUAACGGACAAACCGUAAUGGAAGAGAGGAGCCUGGUGGACACUGUGUACAGUUUGAGAGACGAGGUCCAGGAACUCAAACAGGACAAUAAGAGGAUGAAGAGGACGUUGGAGGAGGAGCAGCGAGCCAGGAAAGAGCUGGAAAGGAUCAUCAGGAGAGUUUUGAAGAACAUGAACGACCCAACCUGGGAUGAGACGAACCUCUGACACUCACAGAAGUCGGAAGUGGUUCACCUUCUCGUCUGUCUAAUGCCAAAUGACGACAUAAGAGUGUAGCCAAUGGGCUAGUGGGUAAGAUGACAUCACUUCCUGUUGGCAGAGGAACUACUUGAUUGAUUUAGUUUAAGUGAGCUAAAGGAUGUCAUCACAGUGGCUCACUGCUAUUUGUGUUCUCAAAGCCAAAGCAAUAUAAUGCUGUACAUAAUGUUUUAUGAUGCCAAUUAUGUAAUUUAACAGAUACUGGGUUUUUUUUAAUUAUUAUUGUCUUUUCUUACUUUUUGUAAUACAUACUUUUUUCUAUAUUGGAUCACCCUGAAGAUGUUUUGUCAACAGACAAGGACACUUAACAUAAAUAAGCUAUAAUGCAAUAUAACCUUUAAUGUCUUUCACAGCAGCUCAUCUUAAUUGUGUGUUCAAUGGUGGUGACGCCACAAUCUCACAUCCCUAUUUAUUUCACCAGUGUGUCCGUAAAAAGCGAAAUAAAAUGAAAAAUCUUCACUGAA